UGCAAGGGGCAGCCAUCCGUCCAUCUGAAGCGGGAUUUCUUCCUCUCUAACUCUUCCCGGGCCCGAUCGGAGCAGUUCAUCAACCUGCGCGAAGUGAGCACUCGUUUUAGGCUGCCCCCCGGGGAAUACAUCGUGGUCCCGUCGACUUUCGAGCCCAACAAGGAAGGAGACUUCGUAAUUCGCGUGUUCUCGGAGAACAAAGCUGGGACGGUGGAGAUGGAUGAUCAGAUCCAAGCCAACCUUCCCGAUGAGAAAAUACUUUCGGAAAGAGAGAUUGACGAAGGCUUUAAACAGCUGUUUAAGCAGCUGGCAGGGGCG